AUGGCACUCCGAAUGGCUGAACGCAAUGACCCAGAAAUCAAGAAGAACUUUGACUCUUCCAUACCCGGCUCCUUCUCAUGGGUAUUCGGGUCGUCUUCUUCUUCUUCGGGUUCGAAUCUUUCAUGGGUCACUGUCUCUUCGUCUUCCCCAGGCGUCCCAGACAGUGACUCUUCUUCAUCUUCAUCCUCAGCUAAAGUCUCAACCUUUGCUUCUUCUAGUGCUUGUGCUUCUGAUUCUUGCUCAGAAUAUCUAUUCCUUGAUUCAAUGGCUUCAAGUUCAUCAUCUUUCCCAAGUUCUUCUAUUUCUUCUACCAGCAAAUGGACGUAUGAUGUUUUCCUGAGUUUCAGUGGUGAGGACACUCGCAAUACUGCUACGGACUUUAUAUAUUAUGCAUUAGUAGAGAAGGGCAUUAACACUUUUAAGGACGAUCAAAAACUUGAGAAAGGAAAAACUAUUAAACCAGAACUCCUUAGAGCGAUCAAAGAAUCCAAAUUUACCAUAGUCAUUCUCUCAGAAAAUUAUGCAUUUUCCACUUGGUGCUUAGAUGAACUUGUAGAGAUCAUUGACUGCGAGACAAAAAAGGAAAUAACAGUUUUCCCUAUUUUUUACAAUGUGGAUCCAUCUGAUGUGCGAAAACAAAUAGGAACUUUUUCACUUGUUAAACAUGAAAAACAUUUCAAGGAGAAGGUGGAAACAUUACAACAAAAAAUUGAAACAUGGAAAGCUGCUUUGAGUCAUGUGGCCGAUCUUGCCGGAUAUCAUGUAAAGAAUAGUCCUCUCUCUACAGCUGUCAAAAGCAUUGCGGGACUAAUAUCACGAAAAUUGUGUCGUGAAUUCUCAGAAGUUACUGAGGGCUUGAUUGGAAUAGAGUCUUCAUUGUUGGAAUUGGAGUCAUAUUUAGCUUUUUGGUUAAAGAAUGAAGUUCGCUUUAUAGGGAUUUGGGCGAUGGGGGAAUGGGGAAGACAACCCUCGCCGAAGUUGCCUAUAAGAUCUCUUAUAGUUUUGGGUUCAUUUUUGUAUAAAAGAAGUGCUGUUGAAUGGGAAAAUGAGUUUGAGAAGCUCAAAGAACAACCCAAGCUAGAUGUUAUCCGAGUACUAAAAAUAAGUUAUGAUGGACUUGAAAGGGACAUAGUUCGUCAAGAGUCCCUUGAGCCUGGGGACCGCAGUAGACUGUGGCUUUAUAAGGAUAUUGAUCAUGUGUUGAAAAACAAUAUGGGAACAAAAAACUUUCAAGCCAUGGAUAUAAAGGGAGCCAAGGAUACAAGUAUUUAUCAUGAAGAAAAAGACACAUGUUGGAGGCCACAAGGGUUAGCUCCAUUGGUGACACUUCAGGGGUGGGUCCUAAACGCUCUAUCUUGGCAAGGGUUAGCUCUAUUGGUUACUCUUUGGGGAUGGGUACAAAGGACUUUAUCUUGGGAAGGUUUCACAUCAUCAAAAAAACCAGAAGGGCUACUUAGGGACCCUAACACCUUUUUGAAGAUGUAUAAUCUUAAAUUUCUGAGAAUUCAUAGUGUUUCGUUGCAACUUGACACUUCACAUUUACCUAAUGGUUUAAGCUAUUUGGAAUGCAAUGAUUAUCCUUUAAAAUCAUUGCAUUCUUUGCCAGCUGGGCUUGGAGAACUUCGUUUGUUGCGUAGCAAACUUAAACUACUUUGGGUAGGAAUGAAGAUUUUUGAAAAUUUAAAGUCCAUCAAUAUGGAUGGCUCCUUGGAGCUAAUUAUCAACCCUGACUUCAAUGGAGUCCCAAAUCUUGAGGAGUUAAUUCUUGCCCGAUGUUCAAAUUUACGCAGGCUUCAUCCAUCCAUUGGCAAACUGAAAAAGCUUAAACUUCUUGAUCUAAAAGGGUGCCUAGAACUAACUAGUCUUCCAGAGAAGUUUGAAGUGGAAUCUCUUGUGACUCUUAAUCUUACUCAUUGUUUAAAAGUCAAGAAAAUUCCUGACACCAUUUGUAGCUUGACAUCGCUUAACAAUCUUUAUCUUUCUGGAUGCUCAAAAUUUGACAAAUUGCCAGAGGACUUGGGGAAUAUCGUAAGUCUAAAGAAGCUUCAUUUGAGUGGAACAACUAUAAAAGAGCUGCCUUCAUCAAUUGAAUGCUUGAUUGGCCUUACUUCAUUGCAUCUAAGAGAUUGCAAAAAAAUUGACAAAUUGCCAAAGGACUUGGGGAAUGUUGUAAGUCUAGAGAUGCUUGAUUUGAGUGGAACAGCUAUAACGGAGCUACCUUUGUCAAUCGAAUUUUUGAUUGGGCUUGGUAGAUUGCAUCUAGAUGGAUGCCCAAAAUUUGUCAACUUGCCAAAGAACUUAGGGAAUCUCAAACAUCUGAAUUGGCUUUGUUUGCAAGGAACAGCAAUAGCAGUUUUGCCAUCAUCUAUUGAAUGUAUGGCUGCCCUUAAGUAUUUAAAACUAGAAGAUUGCAAAAAUCUUGUGUUUCUUCCAAGCACCAUUUGUAAUUUGAAGAAGGUAGAGUGUCUUGAUCUUAUUGGAUGCUCAAAAAUUGCCAACUUGCCGGAGAACCUGGGGAAUAUGGAAAGCCUAAAGUGGCUUUUUUUGGGUGAAACUGCUAUAAAAGAGUUACCUUCCUCCACCAUUCACCUUGAAAAGGUCUGGAGAGUAUCUUUCAAAGGAUGUCAUUUGUCAUCAUCUUCAUUGACUUCUAUGCCAAGAAGUCGCGAGAUAGAUCUCAGUGACUGCCAGCUUUCGGAAAUUCCAAGCGGUAUUGACUGCAUCUCUAUGACGGAGUUAUAUCUAAGGGGAAAUGAUUUCAUUUCCCUUCCUGAAAGCAUCUCCCAAUUCUCUAGGCUAACACAUCUUUACUUGGAUGGUUGCAAAGACCUCCAAUCAAUACCAAAUAUUCCAUCCAAAGUUGAAUUUAUAUGCCUAGACAAUUGUACCUCACUGGGGAGAUUGCCAGGAUCACCAAAUCAUUUCCACUGGUCAUCUUAUAGGAAUUUCACUGUCCAGUGUUUCAACUGCUUCGAAUUGGCUAACAAUAUUCAAAACUUAAGUAACAUGUUUCAGGGAAAUUCCGAAGUGGUUUGA